GAUUGUUUGUUGCGUAUUGUUCUAAACUUACCAGGAUCAUCUAAACACUUUAAUUUGCGUUAGAUUAGUACGAACUCCUCGAUAAAAAUGUACACACACGCUGGAUGGACCGUGUCGCGGAUAGACAAGUUUUGGUUGGGAAUACUGGAAUAAAUCCACGAUAGAUGGAGAUGAUUCAAAGUUUUGUUUUGUAAUCGAUUAAAGGAAGUCUACCGAAUAAAAACUAUAAGUGUACCCGCGUAUCUGUUAUUGCUACGGAUGUGCUUAAAACCUUAAAAUCAACUACAUGCUGUGACCAUUUUUAUCUUAUAAAGAACUAAUAGCGAAGUUAUCUUCCUAAUCGAGACCUUCCAAAAAUCCAGAUCGAGGUAUCAGUCCAGAACAGUUAGAGUUAACACCUAAACUAACCUAGCUAUCUAUGACUAUUUUACAUGAUAAGAAUAAGUCUCACUGUCGAGGUCGAUCGUACCAAUCACGGUCAGCAGAUGAUGAUCUUUGUCAUCUUUGCAGCGAGCGCUAAAUCCACAAUUAGUUAUCGUUUACUGCUGGGUGCUGAAUCAGUGCAGUAAAGACGGUUGGGUUUACAAACUCUUCUCCUGUAAGGAUAUAAAAGGUAUAACACAACGUUUCGAGGAUUGGAAUCUAUCCUCUUCGUCAGAUGGGGAGGUUUAAUACAUAAAAAAAUAACGAACAGAAAGCUAAAAAAAAGGAAAAGAACAUAAUGAAAAGCUGCUUGAAGUCCAGUCCAGGCGUUAUCACUGCACAUAAUCCUUCAAACAUUCCAUAGUCAGUAACAAACUUAAACAAACAAUUAUCUCCUGUCUUACGCGUGUGGUCAUUUAAAACGGGUGGAGGAGACGUUUGGGAAAAGGUCCAUUCAGCUUCCUCAAGAUUCUAUACCAGUUGCAUUCAACCGCUAAUUAUUGAUACCUCCUAUGAACUGCAUUGACGGAAUGAGUUAAUAGGGUAACGCGUGGAAGACCCGUAACCGUUCAGAUUUUAUUGGCGUCCGUGACGUAUGUGUUGAGUAGUAGUAAAUAAGUUUCUUUGUCAGCACCUACGGAACUAGCAUCAACAGAGGAGUCACCGUAAUAUCCCGACGGGACUUUGUUGUGCGCCAACAGGAACAGCUGGUGGCUGUAGAAUACGCUGACAGGGAAGUGUAAGUCACGUGCAGCACCGGUCGCCGCGCCGGUUAGCGCGAACACGCGGCUAGCCGCAGCUCAGUCUGCGUUCACCCCGCGAUGCCGUCGGACCCCCCCCUGUAGUGCCCAUGGUGUGCUCGAACCCCGCUCUGCCGGACUCACACCUGCUCCACAUGGCGGUCCUGUACUUGGCCGUCCUAGCCUUCACCUGGUGCACGUUUGUUCGGCUCUCAGAGAGUGGCCAGGCCGCUGUGGUCUACACUCUGGUGGACUCUGCUACUGCUGAGCUGCAGAAGCAGGCAGCAGUCAGCGUGACCUCUGACCCCGAGAACAGCACAGGACCUGUCACCAUCCCUCUCACUCUCAGUGAUGCCCAGGACAACAGCACUCAGUACAUCGUCCGAGCGGAGCCCCGUCAGGAGCCACAACCUCCGUCCAUAAAACAGGAAGGAGAGGGAUUACAAGGAGUGGUGGAGCCAGAGAUCUCUGAGGAGAGCAAUGACACAUUGCCAUCGGCUCAGACCUCUCCUGAACCUCCUCCACAGGAGGACAUCCCCUCUUUCAGUGAAUGGGCCCAGAAGCAGCUAGCUGAGGCAGAGAAAAAGAAAGGUGAGAAUGUGACGGGUGGAGGUGGAGGGAAUGCCCCGCCACUUAAAGUUCGCCACAACAAGAACUACGCCAGCCCUGACUGUGGGGCCAAAGUGGUGGGGGCCAAUCCCGAGGCGGUCAGUGCGGGAUCCGUUUUGUCAUCCUCAAGAGAUGAGUAUCUCCUCAACACUUGCAACGCCAGAAUAUGGUUCAUCGUUGAGCUGUGUGAGGCCAUUCAGCCCGUCAAGAUCGAGAUGGCGAACUUUGAACUGUUCUCCUCAUCGCCGCGAGAGUUCUCUGUGUGGUUGAGUGAUCGUCACCCGUCCAGAGAUUGGGCACCCGCAGGACGCUACAUCGCUCAGGAUGAGCGCAACCUGCAGUCCUUCAACCUAUCGGCUGCUCAAUUCGCAAAAUAUGUCAAGGUGGAAGUGCAUUCACAUUACGGGCAGGAACACUAUUGUCCUGUGUCCCUCUUCCGGGUCUAUGGGACAAGUGAGAUAGAGGUUUUGGACACAGUGGACGAAGGCCAUCACCAGCCGGCGGUGGAUGACGACGAUGAUGAUGACGACGAUCUAGUCGCUGAAGGUGAGGGGGAGGGACCUAAGAAUCUGUUUGGAAGCGCACGCGACGCAGUGCUCAGUAUCGUGAAGAAAGCAGCCGAGGCCCUGGCCAAGACUCCACAAGAGGGGAGGGGGAACGCUAGUAGCCUGAGCUACCGGAGAGUGGUCUUAUCGGAACCUUGCGUCACUCCCAGCCACAUCGUGGUGUGCGUCAACUGUUCCGACGAAUUUUACCACAGAAUGUACGAGCUGCUGAGUUGUCGAGGUCGUAUGCUGCAACAGCUGAUUUCCACCAAGUUUGUCAACGAAGCAGUGGCCAACAGUGAGUUCUGUGCCGAGCGGGGUCUGGACCUGAGAAUGGGAGCUCCAUACCCGCCCCGCCCGGGCUCCCGCCACCGCCCCAUCGACUACUUGAAGGCUCUCCUACCCUCAGAGGCUCUGGCUGCUCUCUGCAACCAGCUUGCGGUCGUUCAAAGGAAGGUGGUUUUGAAUGUCAGCUACGACGAUGUGCCUCUGGAUAGUGAGCCUGUGGCGGACCCACCCGUACCAGACGAGCCCACCCCCAGUCUACCUGAGCCCGCCGGCACAUGUGUGAUUGACGGAAAUACCAGUGAGGGCCUGGCUACACGUCCACCAUAUGAGCCACCCCCCCCUUCAACACUAUCCAUCCGACCAUCACGUACCCUGACGCAGGAGCCUGCCGCGGAACAUUUUCCUGACAACAACCCCCUCGUAAACAAUGUUACAGUGGAGCAUGUGCCACUUGUUGUCACUGACAAUGCCAACAAUGUGAGCCUGCCAGUAGAGAGUCUGCCUCUCGUCGUGGAGGACUCGGGGUCCCUGGACUCUCUGUUCUCGGAGCUAGAGCAGGCUGUAGUGCCCAGCCGCAGAGUUACUCCUGCCCCUCAGAAGGAGUCUGUUUUCGUCCGGCUUGCAAACAGGAUCAAGGCUUUGGAGCGCAAUAUGUCUCUGAGUGGGCAGUACCUAGAGGAGUUGUCACGGCGAUACAAGCGGCAGGUGGAGGAGAUGACGAAGGCACUGGCAGGAGCAGCGGAAGAGCGACGGCGGACAGAUGAGCGUGAGGGGCUGCGGCUGGAACAGCUGGCACAACUAACACAACAAGUCGAGACACUGACUGUUGCCGUCAAGUCACUGCUGGAGGAACGUGACAGCUGGCAGCACAAGGCCACAGUGAUGGGUCAGCACGGGGUUAUUGUGGUGGUGGAAGUGGUGGUGUUUGCGGUGGUACUCUACAUCUGCAGAUGGCUCCCCCGCGUGGAUGUAUCUCGUCGCAGGAUCAGCAUGGCGUGGCCACGGACCGAGCCACCUAAGCGGCGCAAAUCUGUUGAUGAGGCUCUUCCCUCUCAUGUACCGGUGAGAAAGCGUCGACCCAGUGAAGAGGCUCUCAUCAUUGCAGGAAAUACUCAUCAAGAACUUCUCAUUCCUGAGGCCAGGCGGAAAGUAUCAAAGGGGGAGACAAGACGACAGAGGCGGAAACGGAAGCGGGAGAUGGCAUUGCAGUCUCUGGAGACAGAAGUGCGGGACAGGGAGGAGGCUCCCUCGCUGCUGGAUAGCAACUCCACGGAGAGUGUAGCAGCGUGGUGGGAGGAGGAAGUGUUCUCCCCCCUGGCACCCCCACAGGUGGUGACCACGGCCCCGAGGUUCGUACAGACAGCCCUGGCCCAGCGUCAGGACCGCGUCGUCCGCAGUAGUGGCGAGCUCAGCGACAAGGAGAACAAAACGUUCUUGCCCAUCAAGAAAACAGGACCUUUUAAGAAAAUUGUUAAAAAGUUUUUUUGAGUAUUACAUAAUAUUUAACGAUAUAUUGUUUAUUUAUAGGAAUAAUCGGUGACUUUUACCAUGUAAAAGCUGUCAGAUUUUGUUUAACGUCAUGGUAGUGAGACUGAUAGUAAAAGCUACAUUCCGUCAAGACUAUGUGUUUGUAUCUAGUAAUUGAUUUGUGUUCACUGUAAGACUCAUGUUUCACCUUGUCAUAGUCAUGUAUCUUAAAAUUUAUUGUAAGUGAUAUUUGCCACACUUACUUUGUAUGUACACUUAAUUGAAAAGUAUAGUAAUGGUUAAAUGUUUGGUUAAAUAUAUUAUAUAAAUAUGUGCCAUAGUGUAAAUGUUGCUAAUGUAAAAAUUCUGUUUUUGAACAUUUAGAUUAGCAAAAACAGGCUGUGAGGAAAAUAAAAGAUAUUUUGAUGCGGUGAACUUUUUUGCUGUAGAUAGAAUAAAAUUGUGUUAUGAAAAAGUUAUCAAAUUCAUCAAAGAAAAUUCAAUACAUACAAUUAUAGUUUCAAAAAUUAUUUCAGGAUUUUAAUGUUGACUUUCAAACAAUCAAGCAUUUACCAAACUUGUGUUUUGAAUUAUACUGUUAUAAAGGAACAUAAUUUAAUUGUAGGGAAAAAAUAAAAUUGCCUGACUAUAGUUUCUAACUAAAACCGGUUAUAUUUUGUGUAUACUUUUUGUAACAGAUAUCAAGGUCAGAUUCCAAUAGAUGUGAUGAGUGAUGAGACAAGCUCUCAAGCUGUUGGUAACCAAAACAAUAGUUAUAAUUUUUGUAACUGGAACACACUUAGGUAUGACCUCUGGUGUGUUCGUGUAACAGACGUUUUGAUUUGUUAUUUUAGAAUUUUACCUCAAAUACUGUAUUAGUAGGAUUAUAAUUUAUAUCCCAAACAUUAUCAAAAACUUGAAUGAAAAAACCAAUAAAGGUACUAAAUUGAAUUUUUAUUUCACUUUGUUUUAGGCGGUAGCGAUCUCAAAUUAUAAAUUAACACGAAUUGUGUCUAGCACAGAAUGAGACUUGCUGUUAUACUAUCAAUGAAUAAUGAUACUAUGAAUUAAUAACGAAAUUUUAAGUGUCCGAUAAAGGUUUAGAUUUUAAAAUGAAGCACAAUAUAGUAUAAUAAUAUUUGUUUUAAUUUUAAUGUGUGUUCAAACAUCAUACAAAGUUCGAUCUUAAAACAGGACCUUAGUAAAUUUUUGACAUCAUCAUCCUCUAUGUGGCCACUUUAUUUGAAAAAAGCUUGUCGUUGAUGUGGACAGUUGGCGUUACUGCGGACAGUGAGUCCAUGUCCCACCAAUGUUGACCUGUUGGUUUUUUUGUAAGUGUCACAAUCCUCUCUUAUUAGUAAGGAUUUUCGAAUUUUUACCUGUGUUCAUUUUCUUAUGUAUUCAAUUUAGUUAUAUUUUUAUGUCUUAAUUGUUUAUACAUUUAGUAGUGUAAUUAAUUGCUCAAAAUAAUGGUUGAAUUACUUACAGGUUUCAUUUUUAUUUGGGAGGUAAAGGAAUCCCUUCAAGAUUAGUUCUUGUGCAAAAUUGGUGAAAAUUAAACGGACCCUUGUGUAUUAAUUGAAUUACUGGCUUUUUUCGACUUCCUGAUUAUGUGGCUGGAACGUCAUUGAAAUGUUUUUUGUUUAUAACAUUAUUUUGUUUACUUUUAGAUCUACAUUUACUCUGUACUUAAUGUAUUGAUUUUUAUCACAUUUUAUAUACUAUUACAAAUCUAAUUAGGACUAUUAGAAUCAAUGUUAUUAAUCUUAUGGUGUAAGAAUUCUUAAAUAAUUUAUUGUUUAUCUGUUCAAUUCACACUUAACACCCUACUCUUAAUUCCAUUGUUAAACAAAGCGUUAAUUUAAUUAUUUGAAUUAGAUAUGAUUUCAAGUUAGUUUGUAGAUUUUAUUUAUCUGUUUUAGCUGUUUUGUGUAAGUCUGGACGUAUAAAAUCACAGGAAUGCCUUGUUUAGGCAAUAAAUAUCAGGAAAUGUGUGUUCAAAAAGAAACUCGUUUUAACCACUCUAAAACAAAAAUUUACUGAAAUAUUUUCUUCAAAUAAUUUAUAAAAAGUCAUUAAUAUUUAUUUUCCUAUAGUUUGCAAAAUAGUACUCAAAAGGAAUGAUUUACCUUUACUUUGUAAAAAUAUAUUUUAUUAUAUAAUUUAAUUUUGUUUUAAUAUAAAUGUGUUAUAAAAAUUGUAUCACCAAAGACAAUACUUAUACACGUGAAAUACAUGGAUGCAAGUAUGUACUUGGCAUGUGUUGUCGAUAUUUCUGACAACUUACCAAAGUAUUGAUGUCAAUCAGAAGUUCCUAUAAACAAUCUUGGAGUUUGGAAUAAUGUUGACUUGUAUAACAAGGAGGCAUUUGUAUGUAUUUUUGGACAUAGGUUUAUUUGUAUAUUCAAAAUAUAAUUUACAUUAUGAAUGAAAAUGUUAGUUUAUUUACUUUAAGACGUUAUAUUUUAUGUAUAAAGUUGUUUGAACCCCACACAAUUAGUAGGUCUAUUAGCUUUGAAGUUAAUUAUAGUAAGAUUUUGUGUAGAAACUGUAAUAAUGUUUAUGUAAUAGAUAGUUUGAUUUUUUUUUCUUUUCUAUUAUGAAAAGUUUUUAGAAGGAUCAUUCUGAAAGAAUAGUCAUGUUCCUUAUGUUAUUAAGGCAUUGUCAGUUAGCUUCCUUACUCAUAGAAAUUUGCAUGUCGUAUCAAAAUAAUUCCCAAGUAAAAUUUGUCUAAAAGUAGUUAUAUUUUUCUGUCAUAUUUGAUCUUUAUAACAUACUUUUCAUUACUGUCAUGUAAUUUCUGUUAAAUUUUGUCCAUAUAAUAAAAUUAUACUAUAAUUGUUCUUUCCUCCUUAUAUUUAGCUACACUUAAUUCAAUAUCUGUAGCAUUGAAAAAACAUUUAAUUUAAUUCUGGUCCAAAAGGACUUCUGCCAAUAAGUAAGCUAAAUGAGCUAUUUGACAUAACCUUAUGAACUACAAUGGUACUAGUCAUAUUUAUUACUUAUAUGAUUUUAAUGUACACUAUUUAUUUAAGUGUUUAGUAUAUGAGCGAAUCUCAUUAAAUUCAUAAUUUUAUUUUGUGUGUCAA